AGGGGUGGUCAGGAGGGUUGGUGUGGGGGCUGCAGGGAGAGAGAGUGUGGGAGCUGCAGGGAGACUGUGGGAGCUGCAGGGAGAGAGAGUGUUGGAGCUGCAGGGAGAGAGAGUGUGCUGCAGGGAGAGACUGGGAGCUGCAGGGAGAGAGAGUGUGCUGCAGGGAGAGACUGGGAGCUGCAGGGAGAGAGAGUGUGGGAGCUGCAGGGAGAGACUGGGAGCUGCAGGGAGAGAGUGUGUGCUGUAGGGAGAGACUGGGAGCUGCAGGGAGAGAGUGUGUGCUGUAGGGAGAGACUGGGAGCUGCAGGGAGACUGUGGGAGCUGCAGGGAGAGAGUGUGUGCUGCAGGGAGAGAGUGUGUGCUGUAGGGAGAGACUGGGAGCUGCAGGGAGAGACUGGGAGCUGCAGGGAGAGUAUUGCUGUGAGCAGGAGCUGCUGUCGGUGUGUGCCUGGGCUCUGGGGACGAUGUUAGCUCUGGGUGUAGCAGCACUGACAGGAAUCCUGGCUGUAGGCUUUGUGCUGAGCCUCAGUGUACAGUGCCUAGCUGAGGAUCUGUGCUUUCUGCUCCGAGCCAGUAGGUUCGGCCUGAAGCUGCUGAAGGUUUACCUGAGCGGGAGGGUGCCCACGGUAUUGGAGCGCUUCGGCCAGCAGGUAGAGACUAACCCACACAAACCCUUCCUGCUGUACCAGGACCAGGUGUUGACCUACAGGCAGGUAGACAGCCGCAGUAACCGGCUCGCCCGGCUCUUUCUCCGGGAGCAGCCGGCUCUGCUCGGGGGGAACACGGUGGCCCUCCUGAUGGGGAACCAGCCCGACUUUGUGUGUGUGUGGUUCGGCUUGGCCAAGCUGGGCUGUGCCGUGGCUUUCCUGAACACCAACCUCCGCAGCCGCUCCCUGUUACACUGCCUGGACAGCUCCGGAGCGAACAGCCUGGUGGUGGGAGAAGAUCUAGUUGAUGUUGUGAAGGACAUUCUGACCAACAUCCAGGAGAACAACAUAUCUGUCUGGGUGAUGGGGAAAACAUGUACUCUCCAUGGAGUGAAUACCCUCGCAGAUAAAGUGGAAGAAGUACCAGACAGCCCUGUGUCAGGAACAUGGAAAUCUACCAUCAGUCUGAAGUCCACCUUUCUGUAUAUAUUCACUUCAGGGACAACAGGGUUACCAAAGGCUGCCGUUAUCACCCAGCUCCAAUCCUUAAGGGCGAGUGCUGGAUUUUCAGUGUUUGGAGUCACCAAGGAUGACAUCAUCUAUGUUGCACUUCCUUUAUAUCAUGGUGCCGCUUCUCUCUUAGGCAUCUGUGGCUGUAUUGAGCUUGGUGCAACAUUGGUGCUAAAGAAGAAAUUCUCAGCUAGCCAGUUCUGGAAUGACUGUCGAAAGUACAAUGUUACAGUAUUUCAGUAUAUAGGAGAACUCUGUCGCUACCUGUGCAAUCAGCCAAAGAUUGAAGGAGAGAAGAAUCACCCAGUCCGAAUGGCUGUAGGAAAUGGGAUCAGGCCCGAGGUCUGGAAAGAAUUUCUCGAGCGAUUUGGUGACAUUAAGAUGUGCGAGUUUUAUGGUGCAACAGAAGGAAAUAUUUUCUUUAUGAAUUACACGGGGAAGCUGGGAGCUGUGGGACGCAUAAACUCCUUAUAUAAAGCAUUUCUGUCAUAUAAACUGGUGAAGUAUGAUGCUCAGAAGGAAACACCCAUAAGAAAUGAACAAGGGCGAUGUGAAAAGGUUGGCAAAGGUGAGACUGGACUCCUCAUUUCUCCAGUGACUAAAUGGAAUCCAUUCAGUGGUUAUGCUGGAAACAAGAAGUUUUCACAGCAGAAGCUGUUGGAAGAUGUAUUUAAAAAGGGGGAUCUGUAUUUCAACACAGGGGACCUCAUGUCUGAGAGCCAGGAUGGCUACAUUUACUUCCGUGAUCGGAUUGGAGAUACCUUUAGAUGGAAAGGGGAAAAUGUUGCAACCACAGAGGUGGCUGAAAUUAUUGGAAUGUUGGACAUUGUCGAAGAAGCCAAUGUGUAUGGAGUAGCUGUCCAAGGAUAUGAAGGCAAGGUAGGGAUGGCAGCUAUUAUCCUGAAACCAGGUCAAGAGUUCAAAGGGGAAAAAAUAUACAAUCACGUUGUGAAAUAUCUGCCAAGUUAUGCUUACCCACGCUUCCUGAGAAUUCAGGAAUUCAUGGAGAUGACUGGAACCUUCAAGAGAAAAAAAAUGAAAUUGGUAGAAGAAGCAUUUAAUCCCAUGAUCAUAACUGAGCCAUUGUAUUUCCUGGAUACUUUUGAGAAAUCUUACAUUUUAAUGACAGAGCAAAUCUAUGACCAGAUUUUGUCAUUCAAGAUAAAAUUAUGAGCCAUGUUUUGUAAUUUGGGCAUUUAUUAUAUAUCCAUGGGAAUUCUAUAUGACCACUUUCUCAGCAAAUAGUUUUAUAGUAUAACUGUUAACAGCAGCUGUGUUUUAUUAAUACAUUUUAUCUGAAGAUGUAUUAUCUGCAGAGAAUAUAUUUUAAC